AGGGUCAAGACUUUAUUGUCAAAACCGAGAAUGGGACAUUUUCUGUUUAUAUUUCCUACAAGCAAUAGAUAAAAAUAUCUAACAAAAAUUAUAUAAACAACAGGAACACUAGCCCACCAUGAGUGUGAGCACCAGAAGAACCAGCCUUGGCAGUCGUCGUGGCACACGAAAAUCACACGCCUCAUUAACAUCGGUAUCCUAUGAUAUAUACUGCAUGAACUUCUAUGAUAAUGGACUGGCUGCUGUGCGCAAUGAGUAUAUCAAUCAGAUCAAAAUUGGCUUACGACGAUUUCUUUUUGUCAUCGAUGUGGAGCAUGAGAUUCGACAAGCGCAAUAUACCAAUGAAAUUAACAAGCGAAUUUCGAAACAUAAAAAACAAGAUCCCAUACCCACGGAGAGAAUGCCAUUAGUAAUGCUGCGGAUACGAGAUUGCUUGGAAGAGUAUGAGCAUGUGACCAAGCGUAUUGAUGCUGAGAAUAGCUUCAACUUGCUCAAGUACUUUCAACGAAAUACGCCCGCCGAACUCAAGUUCAAGUUUGUUAAUCAGAAGGACAAGGCAGGCAUGGAGUCCAAGAGGGCAAAGCCACCCGCGAAAAGCAAGGAAACAACCGAUACGCAAGUAAGGAGCCAAAUUACUUGCUUUGGUGUUACGUCCAAGGAGCACCACAAAGUUGGCAAGGGACGCCCGCUGUCCAAGCGUUCAUACAUAAAGGAUCAACCUCAAGCUACUUCUAUUCUUAUACUCAUAAUUGGAAGUCUGGACAAUGACUUCUACCAAAGUUUGAUAUCUCUUGAUCUCCCACUACGUGGUAUUAUUCACUUUCUACCUGAGGAGUGUGCCUAUGAUAUUUUGGUGCCACGCCCACGACGCCUCAAGGAACUUCGUGACACCAUCGAGAAUAUCCAAAAGGGAAUUCAUUCGCUACGAAAGCGAUCCGCCACAAAGCCAGUGGGCAUCUUCCAGCAGCAGUUGCCACAGAUGUCCAUUUGCCAGGCCACUAAAUACUCUGAUGAUAUUUUUAAUCAGUUAAGCUGGUUUAUCUAUGAUGUGCAGACGCUGCGCGAUCACUACGAAGAAUACUAUGUGAAACCUUACAAUGAGAUCAACGUCAAAAUGAAUCCCGCAGAGAACAUGCAGGAGAGCUACAAUCUGGCGAAAUCGCUUAGCAUUGAGGGACAUUAUCUUAAUCACAGUGUGCCCGCAGUCCACGACGAUGAUGCCACAGUCUAUUUAUAUUUGGAGUCGCUGCUAAACACUUUCGGCAGUCCAAAAGAAGUGAUGACUGAGAUGGAAGUGCUGCUGCUGGCUAAUCCAUCGUCCUUGGUGCAGACCCGAGUGCUUGACAAGAUCAAGGUGUAUGCCAGCGCCUUCAAGAGCAUCGUCAAACUCAAUAAAACAGAUCGUCUUUUUGUGGAACAGACUAAUCCCUUACUCACCAGCGUUGUUUCGUACAUGGAUCAGAAACUAAUGCGUAACAUUUACCAUGCCUGUCUCGAAUACAAUAUACUGCGAAGAUAUUUUAACGUCGGCUAUACCAUAGACAGUCUGCAGUACACGCCCUACACCAGUGAAGUGGAGCCGCGACACCUGCCCAAAUAUGCUAAGCUAUAUUUGACGGAUGAUGCGGUCACUCAACGCAUAAUACACCUGAUUGAUGAGAAUGAGAACUAUAAGAUUGAAGAGAUUCAUCCCACCAUUAAACUCUACACAUUUCGACGUCGACUGAACGAGGUCUUUGAACACCAGAAAGACAUUAUCUUGCCAUCACGUCUUUGCUUUCGAGACUUUACGCUUUACAAUGCGCAUGAGUUUCUGAAGGACUUGGUCACACCGGUAAUGUUUGAGGAUGCCAUUGAGCCACAACCGGAUCCAUUGUCCACGUACACAAGUAUCUACACCAUGGGUGAUAUCAGAGAGUCGCUUAAUCCAUAUAGUCACUGUCCAACUAAUGUACAGUAUAUAAUUACGCCGAGCGUUUUCAUACGCCCCAAGUCUCUGAAAGCCAAUAAACUGGCCGAGCAGUUGAGGGAGAAGGAGAAAGUCGAUAGGCUAUCCACUCGAGCAUCAAAAGCCCAAAAAGAUAAUUCCAUGGCCUCCACCAGCAAUAUUCGUGCGAAUGUUACACAAAGUCAACCUGCAACGUUGUCCAGAGAAUCAAAGGAAACGGGCCAAUACUCCUACAUUGGCCUGGGACCAGAUCAUCCGAUGCUCAAGGGUUACAAUCUCGACGAUACAAUGCAGACCAUCAAAGCUAAGACCUCAAAGUAUCACUUCGAAGAGGGUCACAUGACACUGUACCAGGAGAAGUGGAAUUUCCGGCAAAUGAACAAGUAUUUGAACAUUGAGAUUAGCAAAGAGCUCAUACAUUUGACCAACGAACGUGGCAACAUGAAUAAGAUCUCAAAUAAUAUACGCAUACAGACCACAAACGGGGUUCAUCUAAGGAUCAGACCCAAUAGCGAGGAAUGCGCCAAGGCGGUCCUCAAUUAUCCGAAUGGUUUGUCCCUUUACUGUCACGAUACCCAUGCCGAGCAUCUCUGGUCUGGCCACCAGAGUGAGCUCAACGAAAGUCGUCGCAUAUGCACCCCUUAUGGCUGCGUGAUCGUCUUCUAUAAUGACAAUGAUACUGUGAUUAUUAUGCGUUAUAAUGGGGAGGUAUACAGACUGUAUAGUUUCCCCGAUGCCAUGGGCGGCGAGGAGGAAGGUGAAAUAGAAGAAACAUCGGAAUUUGUUAAUGCCUGCUCAACACAAUCCACUUACAGCAACUAUAAGUCAUUGCCUAAAGAAAGAGUCACAAAUUCGUCGUCUGCGCCGCGCAAGCGCAGGAAAAAACCCAACAAAGGAUCAACAAAUCGCGCAAGUGGCGGAACUGAACCCAGGGCUAAAAUAUCAACGCUAAGCAAUAGUUCAACCUCCUCCCAGACGUUGGCUGCCAGAUCAAUGAAGGCACAUAUAAAAGAGAUGAGAUUGAAUAAAACAGCAGCUCUAUUUGCCAGCAUCGAUAAUGAGCUGAAGUUCCUGGAGACGAUGAUGACCCUGUUCGGCUUUAGCUAUGUGCAUCUAAAACUAACCACUUCACUGGGCAGUGUGGUGCAUGUGCAAGGACAGCAUAAGAUCUAUUGUGCGAAACCCAUUCGGGUCACCGAGUGGCAUGAUUACUAUGCCAACGAAAGCUACGCGAUGCGGGACGAUGGAGUUCGCAUGGUCUGGACGCAUGAUACACUCAAGUGCUAUCACAGCGAUGGCACUGUAAUCAAUACAACGACAUCGAUGGGAGUGGAUUUGGGCAUUAAUGAGGAUGAUAUUGAUAAGCAGAUUAGUUCGAGUAGUUCCCAUAAGAUUGAAUUGGGUCGCAUUGGUUCGGGCUCUGUGCAAACCGAAGAGAUAUUGAUCAAUAUGAUCGAUGAUGAUGAUCCAAAGCAGAAGACCCUUGGCAUCGAUGAGUUUCUCGAAGAAGGCGAGGUCGAAGAUCAGUAUCUUUAUGAUUAUUCUUUCGUCACCUUUAAUCCAGAGAGUUUUGCGAUGCUGCACAAGUAUUACGCUGGCACACAAUUCUCGUGCCUCAAUUUUAAUUUAACGGAACUGCAGAUGGAAACAAAGGUCAUGGCGGCGGAUAGUUUGCAAUUUCGAAUUUAUCCCAUGGCUAACACAACCAACGACAUCUAUGACAUUAAGCAUCCCGGAAGCAACAGAUUUAGUGAGAAAUACUUUAACAAGGUCUUCCAAGAGCCAGUAUCUUCCGAAGCUGAUCCCGAUGAAUGGACGCGACCCUCGGAACCAAAAUCACCACCUAGGGAUCCCAAGUGUAUGUGUGCAGGAGUGGAAGUCGAGGCUUCCAACUUCCAUUUGUUGGUCGAAAGAGAUUGCUUGUUGUUACACACUCGAUUGCAAAGAUUUGGUUGCAACGAGAAUCAAGAUGAGUAUCGAGACAAUAUCGAACUAAAAUUGAACUUAAAUGAAAAUCUGAGCACGGUUUUCCGAAAUUGGGUUGAAACUUUUCAUCAGUUUAUCAAUUGUUCCUGUGCCAAAUGGAAAACUAAUUACUUUAUAGAAAGUAUAUCCGGUGACUGUCGGAAGAAGGGCCUAGAACUAUUUAAAACAAUGCCCGACUUGGGUGCUUAUAACUUUUGUGCUGGCAACUAUUUUCUUGAUCCAGAGGAAUUAAAAUCCAUGCAUACCCGAAUGAUGCAACAUUUUGAUUGGUAUGAGCAGGAUAUGGCAAAGUUUCCGCGAUUUCCCCAACAAAAGAAGCCACCAACAAUAGUUGAUUUUCCGCCUGUAUUGACAACAAAGAUCUUUGUGGAGAUUCCCGCACAACUGGCCUAUACGGAUCGCAUUCAUUUGUUUUUGGAUCCCUUCGAUCGCAUUAAGUUCCGAAAGCUUAAGCAUCGUUUCAAUGAGGCUCUUCUUUUCCAUUUGUAUCCGAAUCUUCGCGUAAUGGUAAAACAAGAAAUUAGCAAACAAAGCUGGCGAAAUCAUCUUGCCGCCAAUAAGCGCCGCCAGUUUAUGGAACAGCAGCGUCUAAGUUUAUAUACUGCGAUGUUGAAGCAUAAGGUGUACCCUAAUUACUUCCAGUUUAAAGAUAAUUUCUAUAGCCAUGUGCGUAAUAUUGAUUUCUUCGAGUUCAUGUCCUCCAAGUGCAAUGAGAAAGAACACCCGGAACAGUAUAAUACCGAUAAAAAUAAGAAUGAAGAUGCCGCUAAAGACAAAAUGCCAUUAUCUGCCGAACAAAAGAAAAAUCGUAAGAAGUGUCUGUGCCCUAAAUAUAUAAAAUCUAUUAAAUAGUUGCCAUUUUGUUUAUUUAAAUAUAUACAUAUGAACGUAUA